AUGAGCUACGGCCGGGAGCUGCUCUUCCCCGCCUCGCCCUACGGCCGGAGCCUGCUGUGCGGCCCGAUGCCGGCGGGCGGAGGCCGGGCGGGGGCGGCGUCGGGGCUGCUACUGGGCCCGCCGCCGCCCCCCGCCGCCGCUCCGGCCCCGCGCGGCGCCCCCCGCUCGUGCUACUCGUCGUCGUACCGCCGGCUGCCGGCGCCCAGCAGCUCGCUGGACCACCUGGAGGCGCUGCUGGCCGGGGCAGCGCCGUCGAGCGCGCGGAGCAGCGAGCUGAAGCUGGCGCGCAGCAGCGAGAAGGAGCAGCUGCAGGGCCUCAACGACCGCUUCGUCGCCUACAUCGAGAAGGUGCGCCAGCUGGAGCAGCACAACCGGCUGCUGGAGGCCGAGGUGGCGGCGCUGCGGCAGCGCCAGGCCGAGCCGUCGCGCCUGCAGCGGCUCUACGAGCAGCAGGUCCGCGAGCUGCGCGCCCAGGCGGAGACGCUGCGCCGCGACGGCGCUCGGGCGGCGCUGGAGAGCCAGCAGCUGGGCCGCGCCCUGCAGCGCCUGCGGGACCAGGCGGCGCACGAGGCGCAGCGCCGCGCCGAGGCCGAGCAGGCCCUGCGCGACGCCCGCCAGGACGCCCAGCGCGACGCCCUCGCGCGCCGCGACCUGGAGAAGCAGGUGGAGGCGCUGCGCGACGAGAUCGCCUUCCUGCGCCGCGUGCACGGCGAGGAGCUGGCUGAGCUGCAGGCCGAGCUGCAGGGCGCGCAGGUCUCCGUAGAGAUCGACGUCAGCAAGCCCGACCUUACGGAGGCCUUGAAGGAGAUCCGCACGCAGUACGAAGUCCUCUCUGCCAGGAACCAGCAGUCCGCUGAGGAGUGGUACAAAUCCAAAUUCGCCAAUUUCACGGAAGAGGCGGCCCGCAGCAGCGACAGCAUCCGCCAGGCCAAGGAGGAGAUUUUCGAGUACCGCCGGCAGCUGCAAGCCAGGAACCUCGAGGUGGAGUCUCUGCGCAGCGCCAAUGAGUCCCUGGAGAGGCAGCUGCAGGUGGCCGAGGAGAGGAGCAGCGAGGAGAUCCACCGCCUACAGGAGACCAUUAGCCAGCUGGAAAAUGCCUUGCGGACGACCAAGGGACAGAUGGCACGUCACCUCCGUGAGUACCAAGACCUGCUGAAUGUGAAGAUGGCCCUGGACAUUGAAAUCGCGGCAUACAGGAAAUUGCUGGAAGGAGAAGAGACCCGCCUGAGCACCAUCGGUGGGAGCAGCAGCAGCAGCACGGUGCUCAGCCUCAGCUACCCCUUUUCCGCGAGCCCCCUGUCUGCCUUCAAGGGCUUCUCAGGCACCACGAUUGCCAUCAGGAGGGAGGAGAAGGCAGAGCCGCAGCACGGCAGCUCCAAGGACCCCAGAGGCUCAGGGGAGUCGAAGGCGGCCGGCGAGGAGGAUUCUGGGGAUGAGGCACCGGCGACGGUCCUGCCCCAAAACUAG